ACAUAAGAAGUGAGCGCCAAUACAAUUUAUGAGAUUAUUACUGAAUCGAUGUAAUCGAUCAUCUCUCGUGUUAUUAUCUUAUUAGUGUUUAGUUAAAAACAAUUUUUCCUUUUUGUUUCAGAAAGCAACCGUCACGUACAAUAAUUGAUGUAGUCGAUCAUAAUUCAGAGGAUAAUGAUACAUCAUCAGAUUUUGAUGAUCUUGAUAUACCUGAAGAAUUGGAAGAUGAUGAAAAUAAUUUAACAUUUGGCAAUGCAGCUGAUAAUGAUGAAGAAUUAAUCAAUGUUGUUGAUGACGAUAAUGAAGAUAAUGUUAGUUAUGUCGAUGAAAAUGAUAAUUCAGAUGACAAUGAAGAAAAUGAUGAUUAUCAAUCAAUUGAUCUUCAAGAUAUUCGUGCUUCAAUUCGGAAAUUAAUUGAUCGAAUGCGUGUUUUUAUUAACAACAUUAAUUCUACACGUGCUGUUACCGAUUAUGUACAACAGCGAGAAAAAAUCCAUGAUCCACCAAUUACAGCUGCACUUAUAACAGAUAUCGAAAUUCGUUGGAAUACAACCUUCAUCAUGGCAUAUGUUUAUGAAUAUAAUCUUUGA